AUGGAUACUGCCGCGGCGCCUCGCGUCCAGGCGCUCGCCGACGCCGGCGUGCCCCACCUCCCGACGCAGUACAUCCAGCCGCCCGACCUCCGCGCGGACCCCUCGCACCGGCCCCCGUCCCUCUCCCUCUCCGUCCCGGUCGUGGACCUCUCCACCGCCGCCACAACAACCGACGCCGUCCGCCGCGCGUGCGCCGACUGGGGUGCCUUCCACGUCGUCAACCACGGCGUCCCCCCGGGUCUGCUCGACGCGAUACGGGGCGCGGGGCUUGCCUUCUUCCGCGCGCCCAUGGCCGAGAAGCUCCGGUUCGGAUGCGACCCGGCCAGGGGCGCCGCCACCGAGGGGUAUGGCAGCCGGAUGCUCGCCAACGACGACUCCGUGCUCGACUGGCGCGACUACUUCGACCACCACACCCUCCCCGAUUCCCGCCGGGACCCCGCCCGGUGGCCCGACUUCGUCCCCGGAUACAGGGACACUGUUGUUGAAUAUAGCAACAACAUGAAAGCCUUAGCCGAAAGAUUGCUGUGCAUAAUAUCCAAGAGUCUAAACUUGCCACCCUCUUAUCUACAAGAGGCGGUGGGAGAAGCUUAUCAGAACAUCACCAUUAGCUACUAUUCCCCUUGUCCACAACCAGAUCUUGCUCUCGGAUUGCAAUCUCAUUCUGACUUUGGUGUAAUAACACUUCUAAUACAAGAUGAUGUGGGUGGGCUCGAGGUAUUGAAGGAUGGGAUGUGGAUACCUGUGCCUCCUUUGCCUGAUGCAAUCCUUGUGAUUUUGUCUGACCAGACAGAGAUCAUGACUAACGGAAAAUACAAGAGCGUUGUGCAUCGAGCUGUUGUGAAUGCCGAGCAUGCCCGCUUGUCGGUAGCGACAUUCUAUGAUCCACCUAAAUCUCAGAAAAUAUGUGCCGCUCCCCAACUUGUUAGCAAGGACCAUCCACAAAAGUAUCGGGACGUGAUUUAUGGUGACUAUGUCUCAUCCUGGUACAGGAAAGGGCCAGAGGGCAAGCGCAACAUUGACGCCCUCCUGAUGGAGCAAUAAACAGGCCAUUGAUGAGCGCUGCAAAGCUCGUAGUAAUACAUGCUGGGCGCUGAUAAACUUGAUCAAUAAAGAGAAGAAAAACAAAUGUUGUACAUAAUGUGAUUUGUUGCAGUGUGAAACUUCAUUCCAGACUUUCUCACAAUCAGAUGAGAAAAACCUAAGGCCUUGUUCAGUCAAUGCACUUGGAAGGGAUUGGAGAGAAUUUUGACUUA